CUCCAAUAAAUGUCAUUGAGUCUCGUUCAAGCACACAAGGCCAAGGAGUCACUUAGCCAGAUUUAGGUAGUCAGUAGUAUAGUGAGUAGUGUAGUUCUCUUUCAGCGACUGCUCGAGGUUGCCAGCUUUUAUGUUGUGCCCCUUCGACUUGAAGACGGAGAGUUUCUUCACUCCGCUUUUACAUUCACUGAGUCAGGGUGGUGGAUAGUGCACUGGUAUAGUGUGCGGCCAACGGGAUCCUCGAACCAGCGAGUGCACUGCCUGAAUCCAGUGAGGGCAUGCAGUAGUCAUCUUCGUGGUAGCGAGAGAGUUUGCCAGCAAGCCUAGUAGUGAAAGUCACCUGUACUGUAGCGAUCCUAGCGUGGCAGAAUUAUCAUUAGAGUCGUCGUAGGAUCACUUGUAUUGGCGGCACACUGCAAGCUUCAAGAUCAAUAACAAGCCGCCUGUUACCAGAUUGAGAUUGCAGCUUCGAAUCGGAUCGCGGUGACAGCUGAGCUGGGCUGGAAAGUCGCCAGCUGGGAGAAAAUUUGACGAGCGUCUCAGCACAUUGACAACUUCUGGCACAAACAGCAGAGACACCGUGGACGAUCUGAAGCCGAUGACAAUGAAUGGGUCAAGGCGACACUCACUUCGGUCCGCCAGUGGUUCAAGUGUUCACAUGCCCGAUAUGGAUUAUCCAGUUGAGAUACAUCCCCGUGCUGGACCGCAGCCUCACCAUCGCACUGGCUCGGCACAGGCAAGGCGGAGCUCGACGCAAGCCUACGUGAAGUCGCUGCAUGACUCACCAUACCUCGCAAAGACUGGUCCGCUGAGAGCUACACACAACGGCCAGGCCACACGGAAGAGACCGCCUAGACCGAGCGACGCUCCGGCACAAGCAGGCAGUGUUCUGGCGGCAUCCACACGCCACGCCAGGUCGCUGUCUGCGUCCGAUCGGCGAGACCAAGAUCGGCGGCGCAUCGCCAGCCACAAGAGCCGUGAGGAUCUGCUUGACGAGGUUGCAGACCUGCGCAAGAUCGGACGGUCACAUGAGCACGAACGUAAUCUCCUGGCAGGGCGAGUCCGUCACUUGGAGGAGGAGAUGAACAGAAAGGACAAGCGUAUCGCUAGUUUCCUCGACUCUGGCUAUGUUGAGCGCAACGAGGCGGUACGCACACGUGGUGCCAGCUCAGCCAAGGCGGAGAACAUGACAAUGCUAUCGGUACUAAAGCGGAAAGUUCAUUCACUGGAGACCAGUCUGCGUCAGAGAGACUCGGAACUCGGGCAACUUCGUAUGGAUGUCAAAACUACAUCACUGGAGGAAUUGCAGAUCAAAGUAGACACUUACUAUGAAGAGGUACUGCGAUUGCGGCAUGCCCUGGCAGAUCGCCGUGCCGCCGAGCAGGACACAACAAGAAUUGAGCAGUCUGCACAGCAAAUCAAGUCCCUGUCGGCGUCUCUGCAGCGAGUGACAGAGCGUAAUGAGGAACUCCAGCAGGAAAAUAAGCAGCUGAAGAAGGACGUGAAGGCAGCAGAAGCAGCAGCAGCAAGUGCGAUGACGACAGCAGCAAUGCCCUCAUCACUGCUAAAGAGGCAGACGUCAGCCUCGAGCAUGUCAGGAACACAGAGGAAAGAGAGAUUGCAGUCAGUCAGCGACCGGUUUGCGGAUAGUUCUCGUCAGGAAAUGGUGCAGCAUGUCAGUGUAGUGGAGGAGAAAACCGAAGAGCUGACACGGACACUGCAGCAAGCUCAUCAGGAACACUUGGCGACACUCAGCGAGGUCAAAGCGCUCAAACAAAAGAAACAGGACAGUGAGGCGGCCAGCGCAAGGAUCAACGAGCUGGAGGAGCAGUGUGAAAAGCUGCGCAGCAUCGUGAAGCGACUCAAGGACGACCGCACACACUACCACAAACUGGCCGAGGAGAGGAAGCAGUUCUCUAAGCACCAAGCCAGCAAGAUCUCCGAGCUAGGAAAGCGGCACAAGCAGCUGUCCAACAGCCUGCAGCAGUCGGAAGAGUGCCUCGCACUGGAAGCGCGGGCAAGAGAGCAUGCCAGACAGCUGGAGCAGCGCAAGGCAAAGACCGUGGUGUUCUCCGACUCGCGCUCAGCUAAGCAGCAAGUGGCAGCUACUACUAUACAGCAGCAGUGGCGAUCGCACAAGGCAAAGAGACGACAGCUGAAGGCCGAGGAGGACACUGCGCACGCCGUGUCUGAAGUUCAGAGUGCUCUGCGUGCACAGCUGACACGCAGCACACUCCUUGCUGCAGGCGGGCCGAGAUCAACAAGCAGCGAGGAGGAGGACGAUGACGAUGAACAAGAUGAUGACGAUGGCAUGUAGUGUUGUGUGCAUUGGACAUCACUACGCUUUGCUCUGAGUGACUUGCUAGUCAUACAGACUGAAGGGUACCGAGAGCUACAUGCAGUGGGCUGAGAUAGUCACACUCAGACGCACAGAUUAGGUGGCGGGCUUGGACCACGCAUACCAUGACACUGUGAAGGCUGGAUAAUCUCCCAUGGAGACGUGAAGCAUGCAUCGCCUCGUUGUGGCACCGCUGAACCCACUCGGCGAUAUCUUCCUAGGCUGGCCUUCUGACACAUGCCGCUGGAGACCUAAUGUUACUUGAGUGAUUCCCCUUAGCCAGAUACCGAAUCCGAAUCCUACACACAUAUAACCACUGGUAUUCAAGACUUUGUACAUGUACUUCUACUUCGACUAGUUUCUUCUGAUGUGAUGGUGCAUGCAUUGGAUGUCAAGUUUACAGUACUAGUAUAGGAGGCUGAACUGCUCAAGUCAAUCAAACUGGCGCUUCCCCUUCUCUGAGCUGGUGUCCAGAAACGACGUGAGCACGGCGUUUUGUUCGUGCGCAUCAUUCUUCAAUACAGCUUCACUAUCUCUGGGAUAGGACCAGCAAGCAAGACCAAGUUGCAGACCGAAAAUAUACUAGAUUUUUGAAUCUCCCCAACUAAACCCCCAUCUCCAUCCCCAACUAACUACCCAACUCAUUCAUUUCAGUAUUGAUUUCUUACAGACGACAAGAAGUUACCAUUUGCUGAGAUU